AUGGUCGGAACUCGGUCCUUUGUUUUGCAGAAGAGACCAAAAAUGGGUAUUGCUCUUUCUCCCCCUCCUAGUGCUCGUUGGAAACCAGCAAAAAUUCGACCUAAAAAUUACCGAACGCCUCUGAACGCUCCCGAAGCUUCUCCUCAAAAAAGUGCAUACGGCGUAACAAACUACAUUAAUCGUCAAUCCUCAGUUCCUGGCCGCUUUCUAACAACACCCUACAUCUCAACCCCCGUCGCUCCAACAACGUCUGCGAUAACCACUUCUGCUUGCCAGAACCCACCUCUUCCAGCCAACUGGACUGUCGCGGCCACCUCCGCUCGUCCGCUGGAUGUUCCACCCGCUUCUGCCAUAUACAAUCACUCGGCUGGAGAGAUUUACCAUCGUGAGCACCCCUCGCAUCGAAGCCAGAAGUACGUCGCUCUGCACGACUACACAGCUCGUGUCGAGGAUGAUCUCUCGAUGUUGAAGGGUCAGCAUUUCUACGUGGUGGACCGCUCCCAGGGCUACUGGUGGUACGCGAAAUGUGCCACGACUGGGAAAAUGGGCUACGUGCCUUUCAACUACUUAGCCCCAGUCACUAGUUUAGAAUCCAACGAAUAUCGAAAGCGGAACUUUUGUUCAGUGCUCCGCUUUAUUCCCUUCCGACCUCCCACAUUCGGCUUGUUCGGUUACCUAACUUGCCUAUGGUUUUGGAUUUUAAGGUGGCACUGCGGAAAUAUGCGACGACUGGAAGCUGAAAAUUGUCUCAUGAUGUCUGGGAACGUCCAGGGCUCGUUUCUGAUCAGGGUUAGCGAAUCCAGGGCUGGGGAGUACUCUCUUUCGGUCUAUUUGUUGGUACUUUUUGUGCUGGAUAUUAGCAUACGUACGUGCCCUCUACCGAUAAGCGAAUUCAGCCCAAUCCUUUCUUUUGCAGUUCGAGACGGUGAUGUCGUCAAACACUACCGAAUACGAUCGCGUGCCUCACGAAGCAAUGCUGACGUCCGUCGGUACUUUAUUUCACGUCAACUUCCCUUCUCCAGCAUCCAACAAUUAGUUGAACACUAUAUGAAGAACCAAUCCGGUCUCUGCUGCCAGUUGACCACACCGUGCAUUAAGGUGAGAAUUAAGGAUUCAAGAACAUUAAGGUGA